ACACCGAACAGUCCGCCCCCUCUACGGCUCUACCAACCUUCCCGUGCGCUAGCCUCGCCUGCCAGUCGCUUCGGUUGCUCGCUUCGCUUGCCUUCCCCCGCCCGCAGUCCUCGCAUUCGCCGCGGCGUCAACGCGUCUUCCUUCCCGCUGUCUUUCGGCCUCCGCCUCCUCCUCCCAGAUCCGGCGCCCAUGGCGAGGAACCCGGGAUGCACCGUCUUCAUAGGUAACUUGGAUGACAGGGUUCCUGAGAGGGUCCUGUAUGAGAUUCUUAUUCAGGUAGGUCGAGUUGUAGACCUACACAUACCUCGCGACAAGGAAACUAGUCGACCAAAGGGUUAUGCUUUUGCUGAGUAUGAAACAGAGGAGAUUGCCCAGUAUGCUGUUAAGCUAUUUUCUGGCCUUGUUCGGCUACAUAAUAAAACACUUAGAUUUGCGAUCUCUGGGCAAGACAAGGUUGACAAACCCUCCUCAAAUGGCAAUAUGCCUGUAACUCCUAGGUUAAACCCUAUACCAGCACCAAAGCCUCCUCAACUUAUGCGGUCUAGUGAUACUCCUUCGUCACAGCAUACAGUCGUGAAUGGCAGGAUUGCAGGGUAUGGUAUCUCACCAAAUCAUUCAUAUGACUCACAUUCUCAAGCGCCAUCAAGUGGGUUACCGAGUAGAGGACUAAGCAACGGUACGUAUGAGUAUAGUAGACGUGUAUUUGGCUCUGUUAUGAAUGAUGUUAGCCGUCGAGCUACCAGGGAACCAGUUCCAUACCCGUCCUACUAGCAUGUGAGCUCCAGUGACUGUAACUUGAUAUUCUGACAGAGUAGACCGCCGAAGCCAUUAUCUGUUGUCUCAGCCAUCUGUAAGGUUAUCUCUGUACUCACCAUUUAAUGCCUGUGAAUAUGGUUUAUGGUGGUAGGGCAUAUGCUUAUCUUUUGGGUUGUUCUACAUUGUUGUGGGAGUUGUGUCUGCUGGUUAGGCUCCUCUCGUGCCCUAGUGAUCAAGGCUCCACUAAUAUGAUUGUACUAGAAUUACCAUGUCUAGUUACAUGAAUGGGUGGCAAAACUUUGCAAUUGCUGUUUACAUUAAAUGUCGUUAGCUGUUUCUCAUGUUAUAGGAGCGUGUUUGUGUUUGAGAUAUGAGUAUUUGGUGGAUUUUGUUUAUCAUCCCUAUCGAAUCUGUAUUAUGUUGGACAUCUGAAGGGGAAAUGUUGUUAAAGGAAAGGGGAAACCUGCCCUCAUUAUGUUGUUCGUUUAUAUGAAUAUUUGGUUUAUAUAUGACUUGUUUGCUUGAGCUGUCUGUCUGUGGCAGCAACAGGCUUUCAUUGUUCCACAACAGGCUUUCGAGUAAUCAAGUUAUACCUUCUCUGUUACAUCAUACAUGGCUGCUUUGGUCCCGCAUUUGCAAGUUGAUCUGUUGUCACUUCCAAGUUCAGUAGCAUGGAAGUUGUUACUGCUGGAUUCUCACUUCACUGGUGAAUUAUUUAGCUAUUGCAUUUUUUUUCCCAAUGGUACUGUUAUCCUCUGAAUCGUGAAUCUUGCUGGUGGCCCUGUACUGUUGAUCAAGAUGGGUCAGAUGAUACUCAUUUCUCAGCAGGCUGUAUUUGGGAGCUCCAUGCCUGUGGUCGUGAUCUCGACUACAGGAAUUUGAAAGGAAAUUUGUCCCGUUGGAGCUCCAGAUUGCAGGCUAUUACAUUUCCUAAUGAUUGAAGAUUUGUUAUACAGGGUCAGCCUAUGAGAUCAAUUCGAGAUUCAAGAAUGACAGUUGCCCAAUUCUAUGCCGUAAUGGUACUACUUUAUGAUGCAACAAUACCCUUGCAUCCAGUCAGUUCAUUUGUACGGUCGUGUUGACCUCCACCUGCUGUGAGGUCUCCUCCUGCGAUGGGUCCGCAGGCUGUAAUUUUUUGGUUCUCGCAUACUGCAGAAUUGAACAAUCGUUGCGUGAUUCCGAAUUUUGCUCU